AUGGGUGAACUACGCGAGAAGCCGAAUACCCAAGACAUACAAGUCAACAAACAAGAAGACCAAAAACCCCCGUCCUCCAACUCUUCCACUACAGAAAAGGAAAAACAUGCUAAAAAGGGCGGGUCGGAUGUCGCGAAGGGCCAGACCGCGGGGGACCUAGAUGCUACUCUAGCUCACCUUCCAGAACAUGAACAGAGAGUUCUAAAAGACCAAUUGUUUAUUCCAGAGGUCAAGGCCACCUACGGCACGCUUUUUCGAUAUGCCACCAGGAAUGAUAUGAUACUGCUAUGUAUUGUUUCGCUAGCUUCUAUUGCAGCCGGUGCAGCUCUACCGCUAUUUACGGUUCUCUUUGGUUCCCUUGCAGGCACCUUUCGAGAUAUCGCCCUUCAUAGAAUUUCCUACGAUGAAUUUAACAGCAUAUUAACCAGAAAUUCGCUCUACUUCGUCUACCUCGGAAUUGCCCAGUUCAUUCUUCUUUAUGUAUCAACUGUUGGGUUCAUCUAUGUCGGUGAACACGUCACUCAAAAAAUUCGAGCGAAAUAUCUUCACGCUAUAUUGCGCCAGAAUAUUGGAUUUUUUGACAAGCUUGGGGCUGGAGAGGUUACUACCCGUAUUACGGCAGAUACCAAUUUGAUUCAAGAUGGAAUAUCUGAAAAGGUCGGCUUGACCUUGACCGCUCUCUCAACUUUUUUCAGCGCAUUUAUCAUCGGAUACGUCAGAUACUGGAAGCUUGCCUUGAUCUGCAGUUCAACUAUUGUGGCCAUGGUGUUGGUCAUGGGCGGUAUAUCUAGAUUCGUCGUCAAAUCAGGGAAGAUGACUUUGAUUAGCUACGGUGAAGGAGGUACCGUCGCGGAAGAAGUUAUCAGCUCAAUUAGGAAUGCUACUGCCUUCGGAACUCAGGAAAAGCUUGCAAGACAGUACGAAGUCCAUUUGAAGGAGGCUAGGAAAUGGGGCCGAAGACUUCAGAUGAUGUUGGGUAUUAUGUUUGGUUCUAUGAUGGCCAUCAUGUACUCAAACUACGGCUUAGGUUUCUGGAUGGGUUCACGCUUCCUCGUUGGUGGAGAAACCGAUUUAUCCGCAAUUGUCAAUAUCCUUCUUGCGAUCGUUAUUGGGUCAUUUAGUAUCGGAAACGUCGCCCCUAAUACCCAAGCCUUUGCUUCUGCUAUUUCCGCAGGCGCUAAGAUUUUCAGCACUAUUGAUCGUGUUUCCGCAAUUGAUCCCGGGUCUGAUGAGGGUGACACUAUCGACCAUGUGGAGGGAACAAUUGAAUUCCGUGGCAUCAAGCAUAUCUAUCCAUCUCGUCCUGAAGUCGUUGUUAUGGAGGACAUUAACCUGGUUGUACCCAAGGGUAAAACAACUGCCCUUGUGGGCCCUUCUGGCUCUGGGAAAAGUACCGUUGUCGGCCUACUAGAGCGAUUUUAUAACCCAGUUGCUGGCACUGUUCUGCUCGACGGUCGCGAUAUUAAAACUCUUAACCUUCGAUGGCUGCGCCAACAAAUUUCACUUGUCAGCCAGGAGCCAACGCUAUUUGGCACUUCUAUCUUUGAGAAUAUCCGAUUAGGACUUAUUGGUUCGCCAAUGGAAAACGAAUCCGAGGAGCAAAUCAAGGCACGGAUUGAAAACGCGGCCAAGGAGGCUAAUGCGCAUGAUUUUAUUACGGGAUUACCUGAUGGCUACUCGACAGAUGUUGGACAACGUGGUUUCCUCCUAUCUGGUGGUCAGAAACAGCGUAUCGCUAUUGCGCGCGCAAUUGUGAGCGACCCUAAGAUCCUGUUACUUGACGAAGCAACUUCUGCUCUUGAUACCAAGUCUGAGGGUGUGGUCCAAGCCGCCUUGGAUGCAGCUUCUCGGGGAAGGACCACGAUAGUCAUCGCCCAUCGUCUAUCCACCAUUAAAUCCGCUGAUAACAUCGUUGUGAUAGUUGGUGGCCACAUCGCCGAGCAAGGCACUCACGACGAACUAGUCGAUAAAAAGGGUACCUAUCUCCAACUCGUCGAGGCUCAAAGGAUAAACGAGGAACGUGGAGAAGAAUCAGAAGAUGAAGCGAUAGUGGAAAAGGAAAAGGAAAUAUCUCGCCAAAUUUCUGCUCCCGCAAGGAGUAUGGGAUCCGGAAAAUACGCUGAUGACGAUGUCGAAGACAACCUAGGAAGAAUUGAUACCAAGAAAUCUCUGUCCAGUGUUAUAUUGUCACAGAGGCGCGGCCAGGAGAAGGAUCCCAACUACUCUCUCGGCACAUUGAUAAAAUUCAUCGCCAGUUUCAAUAAGCCUGAGAGGUUAAUAAUGCUCUGUGGAUUCUUCUUUGCCGUGCUUUCUGGUGCCGGCCAGCCCGUUCAAUCGGUGUUUUUCGCGAAAGGCAUCACAACCCUCUCACUCCCGCCCGCAUUGUACGGUAAAUUGCGCCAUGAUGCAAAUUUCUGGUCUCUAAUGUUCUUAAUGUUGGGACUUGUGCAACUGGUAACCCAAUCCGCCCAAGGUUUAAUCUUCGCCAUUUGCUCUGAGAGCCUGAUCUACCGAGCACGAAGCAAAUCUUUCCGCGCCAUGCUUCGACAGGAUAUCGCCUUUUUCGACCUGCCAGAGAACAGUACGGGUGCAUUGACUUCCUUCCUAUCCACCGAAACGAAGCAUCUUUCAGGCGUAAGCGGUGCUACUCUUGGAACAAUUCUGAUGGUUAGCACUACUCUAACCGUCGCCUUGACUGUCGCUCUCGCCUUCGGCUGGAAACUUGCUCUUGUUUGCAUUUCCACCGUCCCCGUCCUUCUCCUCUGUGGUUUCUACAGAUUCUGGAUCCUUGCGCAAUUCCAGAGCAGGGCAAAGAAGGCGUAUGAGUCCUCCGCAAGCUAUGCCUGCGAAGCCACGUCGUCCAUUCGUACCGUCGCAUCUUUGACCCGAGAACAAGGGGUGAUAGAGAUCUACGAGGGCCAACUUAACGAGCAGGCAAAGAAGAGUUUGAGAUCUGUUGCCAAAUCUUCGCUUCUUUAUGCUGCUUCACAGUCUUUCUCGUUCUUCUGCCUUGCUCUUGGCUUCUGGUAUGGUGGAGGCCUACUUGGAAAGGGGGAGUACAAUUCUUUCCAGUUUUUCUUGUGUAUCUCCUGUGUCAUUUUCGGCUCGCAGUCUGCUGGAAUCGUCUUCUCCUUCUCCCCAGAUAUGGGUAAAGCCAAGAGUGCCGCUGCUGAUUUCAAGAAGCUCUUUGAUCGUGUACCUACAAUUGACAUCGAGUCGCCAGAUGGUGAGAAGCUUGAUACUGUUGAAGGCACUAUUGAGUUCCGUGAUGUGCACUUCAGAUACCCUACACGUCCAGAGCAACCUGUGCUCCGUGGCCUCAACCUCACCGUCAAGCCUGGUCAGUAUGUCGCGUUGGUUGGACCCAGUGGAUGCGGAAAGAGUACUACUAUCUCCCUUGUAGAAAGAUUUUACGAUACUCUGUCUGGCGGUGUUUACAUUGACGGAAAGGAUAUCUCUCGGCUGAACGUCAAUUCCUACCGAAGUCAUCUAGCACUUGUUAGUCAGGAACCAACCCUGUACCAAGGAACGAUCAGGGAUAACGUCCUCCUCGGAGUCGACAGAGACGAUGUCCCCGACGAACAGGUUUUCGCUGCCUGCAAAGCCGCCAACAUCUACGAUUUCAUCGUGUCCCUUCCCGAUGGAUUUGGCACUGUUGUUGGAAGUAAAGGAAGUAUGUUGUCAGGUGGCCAAAAACAACGUAUCGCAAUCGCCCGUGCGCUUAUACGAGAUCCUAAAGUUCUGCUCCUUGAUGAGGCUACGUCAGCACUAGACUCAGAAUCCGAAAAGGUUGUCCAAGCUGCCCUUGACGCUGCCGCAAAGGGUCGAACAACUAUAGCAGUUGCUCAUCGUCUCAGCACUAUCCAGAAAGCAGACAUCAUCUAUGUCUUCGAUCAAGGCCGCAUUGUGGAAAGCGGCACCCAUCACGAACUCCUCCAGAACAAGGGCCGAUACUACGAACUGGUCCACAUGCAGAGCCUUGAGAAAACCCACUAA